CGUUUUUCUGUAGCUUCGAUUUUGGCAUGCAAGCUUCGUGCCAGAACAUCGUUGGACCGUGGAAUCAGUUAAUCAAGUGCGAAGUACUGUGUGCGAGAAAAACUGGGGAGUCAGCCUUCUGCAGACUCCGAAGUGCGGCUUGCGUGAAGAUAGAGUAUCGUAAUCGUUUCGGCUUGAUGUAUGUAUUCGACCUCUUUACUCGUGCUAGAAAUUUAGGCAUCCGUGAAAGGGCUCGAUCGGUACUGGAGUGGUGGUGGGUUGCCUUGGGUUUUUGCUGAAGCUGAGGAGUCCACUCAAUCAGACAGCAAAUGGCGAGCCUGAAGGAGGUGCUCGCGGCACGUCGCAAAGCAUGGACAUCGUCUGAGAUACUCACCCUGGAAGAGGCAGAACAGCUUCGGCCAGAAGCAUGCUCCAGCAAAGCUGCCUGUCCACACUCCAGCCAGAGUGCUGGUGUGCGCAUCUUCCUCGGGCCUGGGCGCGACGCGCAGAACUUGGAGCAGUUGCGCGCGCACAACGUAACCCACAUUCUGAAUUGCGCCGACGACGUGCCCAACUACCACGAGACAGCAGAACCGAAGAUCGUGUAUGAGCGCUUGGAAAUCGUUGACUUUGGGAACGAUGCGGGCAGUGGUCGCACUUUCAGGAUGGCCAUCGAGUUCUGCAGAAGCGUCUUACUGGAGUCGUGGCAAUUAGGAAAUGGUGCAGGUGAUCCUGGUGAUUCUGGGUUGUACUGCGAUUUCGCGAGACGGCCUGAUUUAGAUUCCGGGGUCAAGCGAGGUGGUAGUGAGUCGGUGAGUGCAGAUCCAGAUGCGACUUUUGAAGGGAGUGAGCAGGAUGCUUCACGAGCCGACGCUGAGCACCCUGAUCAAUCCUCUGAGUCUCGUGGUGCUUGUUCCGACCAGCGAGUGGGAGCUAUGACCAGCAGCGCCAGUCUUUCGGCGAGGGAGGCAGAAUCAUCCUGCGACGGUAGCCUGGUCACAGACCCUCUCGCGAGCGCAGGUCGCUGCGCGAUCCUGAUCCACUGUGCUAACGGGAGUAAUCGCAGCGUCACCGUCGCGUGCGCUGUCUUGAUGGCGCUGCGAAAUCUGAGAUUGAAUGACGCGUGGGAGGUAAUCAAAGCGCGCCGGCCUCAGGCUCUACCGCUGCAGGACAACCAGCAGCAGUUGCUGGAGUUCGAUAAGAAAUUAUUUAGGGUGUCUCAGGCAAGUAUGACGAAGGCAGACUUCUACAGGCGGGCGAAUAGUGACCCUGCAUCUGCUGGGUCUGGUCGCCCUUGAGGCUUCCUGAGCCGAGGAAAUUGCCAGCAUGACGUGACUCUGUUACACAAUGUGUGAGUGCGCUGCCGUGCGGUAUGCCGAAAAAGACUGAAUUUCGACGAUUUCGGGCACCGUUAUGCUGCCAUCCGAUGUUUUGCCACUUGGAGGUCGAGGUGACCCUACGCGCGCUUUCUCACGCGGUGAUCGGGAGACCGUGCAUGCAGAUGACCGCUGGCGUGGAAGAGCCAUCCUAAACAGGGAUUGCGGAAUCAAUGCAACUGCGUUUGCAUGAGACCUCGGCGCUUGCUAACGAUAUCAUCAAAGGGAUACAACAGGGCGCAUCGUGUCAUCGCUGAGUCGACGCACAUGAGGUUUCGAGCGUUCUUAUCGAAACGAUCGACCAGCCGUGGUUGCUACAUGUCAGCUGCGCUGACCUGCUGCUGUGGCUGUUUCUGGUUGCAACGUUUUUCCCUGUGACAUCGCCACUGCCACCGGUUCUGUUGGUUCCGGCUUGUUCACUCUAGGUCACCCGCCGGGGCAUGAAGAUAACCCAGUUUCGGAGCCCGUGCAAGAGAGUAGUCGUCUUCGAGAGGCCUGUUCGAGGACGCCGAGAUAUCUGCCUUUCGCGCUGCGCAAAUCACGAAGUUUGGUGGGAUAGCCUACUGCAAGCUGCCCAAUCAGUGCCUGCGCGUGUGCCGUCUCCUGCAUCUGUGCCUGUUGGUUCCGUCCGCUUCGGCACUCGCAUGGCCUCUCCGGCAUUUCGCAUGUGCAUCCGUGGUCUCGGUGCUGGACAUUCUGCUGGAGAAGUGUCCAGCACAACGGCCUUACGUAACAUGCCCAGCCGAUGCCGACCCUUUUCCCCCUCCCAUCUUUCGAGUAGGAGAUCGACUUCAGCAUCGAUUUACCCCGAAACGGACAUGCUUGUCGAACCUGUCAAUCAGUUACGUAGAAUAUUCGUAGAUUUGGGAACUUGCUACGUGUUUUUCUUUUUCCAAACCAUCGUGUUGGAUCCUCG